UGGGGGGUUAAGGGUAAAGAAACACGCAAGGGCGGUGCGUGCAAAGGAAGUGGAGGUGGUUACGAACGCUUAGCCAAUCCUUGUUGUUGUAUAUGUUAAAAAAAGUAUACCAAGUGUUACAACCUCGGAAAAAAAGUAACACCCAAAAUUCCACUUAGAAGACGCAAAAACGUAGUGUUUGCAUUGUCGUUUUGGUGUGAAAAUCUAUUAACUAAAGUAUGGAGAUGAGUUGCAGGAGUAGUCCGGCUGUUUCGUCGUCGCCGGCGAACGACGACAUGAACAGAAGGGAGCCACUUCUGUCGCCGUCGCCUUCGCCUGAGGUUGACAUGGCCGCCGACAAAGGUUCCUGGAGGCUCGAUCUCAACGAGUUCCGUUUACCCGAACGAAGUCCUGCUCAUGACGAUCGCUGCAAUUCCGUCGUCACUCUUCGUCGCCUUCUUCGAACCCCAAGGAAACAAUACAAAGUUGCAGAAUAUUACAAGAAACAAGAAAGGCUUCUUGAAGGGUUCAAUGAGAUGGAGACCAUGACUGAGAUGGGUGGUUUGCCAGAUGGCCCUACUGAGGAUGAAAUGAAGCAGCUAGCAAAGAGCGAGAGGCUUGCAGUUCAUGUAUCAAAUAUAGCAAAUCUGAUUCUUUUUGCAGCGAAGGUUUUCGCCUCAGUCGAGAGCAGAUCAUUGGCAGUUAUUGCCUCUACGAUGGAUUCCCUCUUGGAUCUCUUAUCAGGCUUCAUCUUAUGGUUCACUGCCUAUGCCAUGAAAACCCCAAACCAUUAUCACUAUCCUAUUGGAAAGAAUCGUAUGCAACCAGUGGGUAUCAUUGUUUUUGCAUCUGUAAUGGCAACUCUUGGAUUGCAAAUCUUAAUAGAAUCCAUUCGGCAACUCAUUGCAAAGGUUGGGCCUGAAAUGAAUGGUGUUCAGGAGAAAUGGAUGAUAGGGAUAAUGGUAUCAGUCACAAUAGUGAAGUUCUGCCUCAUGGUCUAUUGUCGAAGAUUCAAGAAUGAAAUUGUUCGAGCCUAUGCACAAGAUCAUUUCUUUGAUGUCGUUACUAAUUCGGUUGGUUUAGUAGCAGCUGUUUUAGCUGUCCGAUUUGCCUGGUGGAUUGAUCCAACUGGAGCCAUAGUAAUUGCGUUAUAUACAAUGAAUACAUGGGCAAAAACAGUGCUCGAGAAUGUCCAUUCGCUCAUUGGAAGAACAGCUCCUCCAGAUUUUCUAGCGAAGUUGACAUACUUAAUAUGGAACCACCAUGAAGCGAUAAAGCACAUUGACACAGUAAGAGCUUACACAUUUGGUUCUCACUACUUUGUAGAGGUUGACAUAGUUUUGCCAGAGAACAUGCUUCUGAACCAGGCACAUAAUAUUGGUGAGUUACUCCAAGAGAAGCUAGAGCAACUCCCUGAAGUCGAACGAGCUUUCGUGCAUAUUGAUUUCGAAUACACUCACAGGCCAGAGCACAAGGCCAAGGUUUGAUGAAUUUUGUGAGCCGAGCAACCAAGAGCUCUCUGCCUUUCACUGCAAUAACAAAAGGUGUUGAAAUAAGUUACUAUAUGUAUAUAUAUAUAUGUAUACAUAUUCUUUUUUUUUUAUUUUCUUGUAAGGCAAAAUAGAUGAAGGGAUCAUGUAAUAACUAGAAUCCGAACACACUGUCCUUUAACUAUUUCUAAUCAAUAUUUAUGUACAUUUUCUCAUCUUCCUUUUAAA